AUGGCGCUGGCAGACCCAGAGGUCAUGGAUGUGGAGAUGCUGCGGGACUGGUGCAGGUGGAUGAACGUCAGCUUCCGCAGGAGUCUGCUCAUCCUGGGCAUCCCGGAGGACUGUACCGAUGACCAGUUGCAACAGUGUUUGGAGGGCUCCCUGUCGCAAAUGGGCAAGUUUGAGGUGCUGGGCAGAGUGUUUCGAGAGGAGGAUGAUGCCAUUGCAGCCCUGGUGAAUCUGAAGCAGGAAGUCAACUAUGCUUUGGUUCCCAGGGAGAUCCCAGGCAUCGGGCGUCCCUGGAGCGUGGUCUUUGUGCCCCGAUGCUCAGGCGAGGACUUUCUGGGUCGCCUAUUCAACUUCCUAGAGCAGCAGGGGCAGACUGUAGAGAGCAUAGCUGGGACCCUGGGGCUGGGGCUGCGCAGGGUGUGCUGGCUGAGGUCUUUCAGUCGGGUCAUCCAACCCUGGGUGGAGACAGUGCAUUAUCAGCCCCUGCGGGUGUUCUCUGGGAGUGACCCGCCAGCCCCGGGGGAGUUGUCCUUCGAGCCCUGGCUGGACCACGCCACUGAAAUGAUGCUGGUGUGGGAAGGGGUCUCAGAAAGGGAGAAGAGUAGGAGGCUGACGGAGGGCCUCCGAGGGGCAGCCCUGCAGGUGGCAUACGAUGUCCUGGCAAGUCACCGUGUCAGGACAGUCCAUCAAUGCCUGGACGCCCUGUUCCACGUGUUUGGAGUCCGCGAGUGCGAGGCCAGCCUGCGGCUCAAGUGUGUGACCGCUGAGCAACAGCCAGGAGAGACUCUCACCGCUUUCGUGGUGCGGCUGGAAGGCCUGCUGCAGAAAGCCCUUCGGGCAAAGGCCCUGGAUGAGCUCUCAAUUGAGCACUUGCGCUCAAGGCAGGUGCUCAACGGGGCCCACCUUAUUCGGAAAAUGGAAAAGAUCCUGGCUGAGAAGGUCUCAAAGGGGAGGUACCCAGGUUUCGAGGACAUUGUGGCGAUGGCUCAGGAGUCUGAGCGAAUGAAGGGUAUAGCAGCCAAGAAGAUGCUGAGAGAACAGCAGGCACAAGGGGCUGCUGCCACGGCCACUGCCCAGGCAGAUGCCACAGCCAAAGCUCAGGCCGAGGGUGACAAGGUGGAGGAGAAGCAGCGGGAGCAGGAGAAUAGUGACAACCAUGCCCGGGUCCCUGCGGGCCUGGGUCAGACAGGGCUCUCAGAGGCCUCCCAGAGAAAGGGAGAGAGAGAAGAAAAUAGACCAGGGAUGGAAGGCAGUCCCCUGCCUGACCACAUGGGCAGCGCUUCCUUGGCAGGUCCACGAGAUCCAGACACUGUGCUAGGGCACCUGGUCCAGGCGCUAGACCAGGAGGCCGAGGAGCACUAUCAGGAGGGGCUCAAGCCCAUCCUGGAGGAGUCGGAAAGUGAGGACGGGGCUGGGGAGCUGAGCCCCUCUAUGCCCUCCCCUGGCAAAUAG